AUGAACUCCCACAUUCUUCAGAAUUACUCCAACGAGGUGGAGGCGUGCAUCAACCACCUGGCCAUCCUGCCUCUGCAGGCCUCCUGCACCCACCUCUCUCUGGGCUCCUAUCUGCACCGUGACGAUGUGGCUCUGCGGGGCGUGGGCCACUUCUUCUGCGAGUUGGCUGAGCAGAAGCACGAGGGCGCCAUGGAAGCCACCUUGGCCUCAGAGAAGAACCUGACCCAGGCCGGUUUGGAUCCAUAUGCCCUGAGUUCUGUCCGCACAGACCCGCAUCCCUGUGACUUUCUGGAGAACCAUUUCCUGGGUGAGGAGGUGAAACUCAUCAAGAAGAUGCACGACCACCUGACUCUGACAUCCACCGGCUGGGCGGCCCCCGGGCAGGGAUGGCUCCAUAGGAACAGAGGAGGCACCAGCAACAGCAUCCUCUGGGUCGCCACCGUGCCCAGCACAGACUUCAAGGACACGCUGCCCUACAGCCUCUUCCUCCAGACUUCUGGCUCCUGA